AUGGACGCUCUUAUGGCAAGGCAUGGGGGAGAUGAGCAUACGACGACGGGAACGGCCACCGCCUCCGAUGCCAUGCCCGGCAUGGAUAUGGGAUCCGGAUCGAUGAACAUGAACGGCUCGACCAGCAGCGGCUCAAGCAUGAGCAUGAUGAUGAUGACCAUCUUCCAAACCAACCUCCGGACCCCGCUCUACACUGAGACCUGGACUCCGAACAGCGUUGGAACCUACGCCGCCACCUGUAUCUUCCUGAUUUUCCUCGCUUUCGCCAUGCGCAGUAUGGUUGCCCUCAAGUCCAUUCAAGAGAAGCGGUGGUUGGACAAGGAUUUCAAGCGCCGAUACGUCAGUGUGAACGGCAGACUGGGAAUGGCCGACAAGAUGUCAUCGGACAGCAUGGCGCAGAAAAUGGUCCUCUCCGAGAAUGGCGUCGAAGAAAAUGUCACCGUCGUUCAGAAGCAGCACGGUAUUUGGCGACCAUGGAGAUUCUCGGUUGAUCCCGUCCGGGCACUGAUUGACACGGCCAUCGCUGGUGUUGGAUAUCUGCUUAUGCUGGCUGUCAUGACGAUGAAUGUUGGCUAUCUUCUCUCGGUUCUCGGCGGUGUCUUCCUGGGCAGUCUCGCUGUUGGCCGGUUUGCCACCAUGGGCGAGCACUAG